UUUAAAAAAAUUGCAAAAAUAUAAGAAAGAUCGAUUGGCAAGAUUGUAAAAUAUUUAAACAUAUUAGGUGUUUAAUAAUUGUAACGAAAUCUAGGCAAAUAUAUGAAUAAACUAGUGUUCCUCUGAUUUCUAUGUCGUAAUAUAUAACACGAAUUGAAAAUGCAGCAGCCUUUUAUUAACUCAAAAGAUGAUAUUCAAAUAGAUCUGAAUCAAGUUAGAAUAGAUAUUAUUCAGGGUAUACGUGAAUGUAGCGACCGUGGGCUAACGCAAACAGUUAAAUGGUUAUCAGAAUUAAAUUACGCUCUAAGGGAUCAUAAUAUAAAUAACAUGCAACCAAAUUACGACGAUGGCAUACUCCCAGAUGAGCGGGAGACUUAUUUGUUAGCGAAAAGCUAUUUCGAUUGUCAAGAGUAUGAUAGAGCUGCGCACUUUUUGGAAAACAGUAACAGUCCCAAAUGUGUAUUUUUAUUCAGAUACUCUCAAUACAUGUCCAGUGAGAAGAAAAGACUUGAUAAUUCUACUGAUAUAGGUCCAGACAAUUCAGAAUCAACACAAGUAUUGUUAGAUUUACUAUCUUUUUUCAAGGCAAAUCAUAAUAGUUUAGAUGGAUACUUACUUUACUUAGAAGGUGUUAUUUUAAAGAAAUUGGAUCUUAGAAGUCAAGCAGUGUCAGUUUUACAAUCUGCGGUUGCUGCGGUGCCAACACUUUGGGCAGCAUGGGUGGAACUUGCUGGAUUAGCAAAUGAAUAUGAAGCCUUAGACUCAUUACAACUGCCAAAACAUUGGAUGAUGUAUUUUUUUGCAGCUCAUGCAUUUGUUGAGUUGAAAUUGUCAGAACAGGCUUUAGAAGCAUAUAUUGGUUUGGCAAAUGCUGGAUUUAACAAAAGCACAUAUGUAACCGCACAAAUGGCAAUUGCACAUCAUGAUAGAAGAGAUGUUGAUUCAGCAUUAGCAUUAUUUGGUGAUCUCUACCAGAAUGAUCCAUACCGUCUUGAUAACUGGGAUGUUUACUCUCAUUUAUUGUAUUUGAAAGAGAAGCGCAUGGAACUAGCUAAAUUAGCCCAAAAAGCUGUAUCCAUUGAUAAAUAUAGAGUAGAAACAUGCUGUGUUAUUGGUAACUAUUACAGUCUGAGAAGUGAACAUCAAAAGGCAGUAGUGUACUUCCAAAGGGCCCUAUCUUUAGACCCACAGUAUCUCUCAGCUUGGAUACUAAUGGGGCAUGAGUUUAUUGAAUUGCAGAACUCUAAUGCUGCGAUUCAGUGCUACAGACAAGCAAUUGAUGUCAAUAGGAAUGACUACAGAGCGUGGAAUGGAUUAGGCCAAGCAUAUGAAAUUCUUGGUUUAAAUGGAUAUUGUAUAUAUUACUAUUCAAGAGCGGCACAACUGAAGCCUGAUGAUUCUAGAAUGUUGGUCUCCCUUGGCGAGGCUUAUGAGAAGAUGGAGAAGAUCCCGAAUGCUCUGAAAUGUUAUUACAAAGCUCAUAGUACCGGUGAUAUUGAAGGAAUGGCACUUUUUAAAUUGGCCAAAUUAUACGAGAAGUCGAACAUGCCGAACAGCGCGGCGGCGGCGUACACCGCGGCGUGCCAGGAGGCGGGCAACGCGGGCAGCAAGGAGCUGCCGGCGGCGCAGCGCUACCUCGCGCAGUACUACCUGCGCUUCGCACUGCUCGACCACGCCGCGCACUACGCAUACAAGUGCCUCGACCACGAGAAUACCAAAGAAGCCGGUAAGAAUAUAUUAAAAGCCAUAUCAGAGAAGCGAUUGGCAGCUUCGUCGUCUCAGUGCGCGAAUCUACCUGAAGAUUUACCGGAGGCCAUUAAAAAUAUAUCUACCUCUUCGAUAAGUCAUGACGCGUCGAAGACUCCGUUCCCCAGCCCCGACACCGCGCCAGAUAACUUCUCUACACCGAUGUACUCUAAGAAAACCAGCAAAUACAAAAUGUGACAUACAAGUGUAAGGAAAAGUAAAAUGUAAAAGUUCAAAACUCUGUGUUACAUGUUUCUGAAUGUAAAUUAAGCCUGUUCUCAUUAUUAUAGUGAAUUUUCAUUUAUACCUUAAAACAGUGGUCAGCAAACUUAAAUGUAAAACAUUAAUUAUUUAAAAAAAAAUGGGAAUCAAGCCCGCUACUUAGUAAACUUUUAUUACACCAAAUAAAUAGUUUACUAUACCUAAAUAUAAACAUAAUAAAUAUUUCUUAAUGCUAAUAAUGUGCUUGCAUCUCCUCGAAAACUUUAAGCAAGUCAGAGUAAUGCUUGAGAGCCUGUCACAUGCGACUCUGAAGUCGUGGUCGGCAAUCACUGCCUUAAAUGACCCUCAAAAGAAUUACAUUACGUUUUAAAACAUUUUUAAUUUCGCUGGAACGAAUGUAAAUGUAUAAAAUUGGUGAAUUAAAAUAAAUAUUCUAUG